AUGCUGAACAAGAAGAUGCGUUUGCUGCAGCAGCAGCAGCAGCAGCAGAAGCACAUGGACUUGCUGCAGCACCCCGAGAAAGACAAGCAGCAGCAGCAGCUGCAGCUCCACAGCAUCAAGUACAUGCCCAUGCCCCCCGCCAAACUCACCGUUUCAGAAGAAGUCCUCAGCGGCUGCAUUGGUGGGGCUUUAUCGACUUGGAACCAGCCCUUUGAAGUGGCGCGAAUUCAAAUGCAAAGUGCUGCUGCUGAGGGACAGAAAAACAAAAACAUCAUUAAGGUAUAA